AUGAAGUUCGCUGUUGCCCUUACUCUCGCCUUCGCCGGCCUCGCCGCUGCCUCGCCCAUUGUCCGCCGCGACACCAUUGCUCACUGCGGUCAGAGCACCGGCGGUGACAUUGACGUCGACCAGAUCCGCUCGCAGGUCGAGAACGCGCCCACCCAGAGCACUGGUGGUCACAGCUACCCCCACCAGUUCUACAACUACGAGAAGAUCCCCCUGUCGAGCGACUGCGACGGUGCUUCGAUGAUGCUUGAGCUCCCCAUCUUCGCCGACGGCCACCCCUACAACCUGCAGCACGGCGAGCAGCCCGGUGCUGUGCGCGCCAUCUACUCGGCUGACAACAACGCCCUUUGCGCUGUUGUCGCCCACAACAACAACAACGGCGACUUCCACCUCUGCUCUACCAACUAA